UCCAUGAUUAUGAUCCUACAUAAUGUCGUGUGUCUGAGACAUCUCGCACUAUUUUUCUGAUUAAUUUAAGUCAGAGCUAGGUUCUUGUAUUUUCCCAUUUCGGUGGCGGUCGUUGUCUGGUCUAUGAUUCGCCCUAAGUACUAUUCAGACGUUCGCUUCAGCUGCUGGAGCUGGAACCUAGCUCCAAGAUGUUGGAAGUUGGUCUGAGGGUGGUACGAGGGCAAGACUGGAAAUGGGGAAAUCAGGACGGAGGAGAAGGCCAUGCCGGCACAGUCAUAGAAAUUGGGAAGCCUCCUUCCUCUGGAAAUUCAGGAACUAAUGCGAAUCCUGUGGAUAAGACUCCAGACAAGACAGUAAUUGUGCAAUGGGACUAUGGAUCUAGAAGCAAUUAUCGAAUAGGGUACCACGGAGCAUUUGACCUGCUAAUAUUCGACAAUGCCGCUGCAGGAGUGAAGCAUACGAAUAUUAUUUGCGACGGUUGCAAAAGACACGGAAUUAUCGGCAUCCGUUGGAAGUGUGCACAGUGUUUCGAUUAUGAUCUGUGCACGCAGUGUUAUAUGGCCGAUGUACAUGAUUUAACGCAUACAUUUCAAAGGUUUCAGACAGCAAAUUCGAUCGGAAUUCAGUUACCUGCAAGAGAAGGAGAUUUGAAAGUGCCACUAAAAGGUAUAUUCAUCGGAGCAAAGGUGGUCCGUGGUCCUGACUGGGAAUGGGGAAAUCAAGAUGGUGGAAGGGGGAAAACUGGGAGAGUAAUGGAUAUACGAGGCUGGGAUAAUGAGAGUGGACGUUCCGUCGCAACGGUAACGUGGUCCUCGGGUAGUACCAAUGUUUAUCGAUUGGGUUAUAAGGGCUGUGUGGACCUUCGCUAUGUUGAGGAAGCAACAUCUGGCACAUACUACAAAGAACAUUUACCCCUUCUGGGACAGGCAGUAUUAACAAUACCUGAAGGUGAAUGUGCCGCAUCUCCUACAAAUGAUAGUGCUGUUGGUAGUGUUGUUUCAAGUCCUCGUCACUUAACUUUUAACGUUGGGGAUAAAGUAAAAGUACUCAUGGAAGUCGAGACGCUAAAGGACAUGCAAGCUGGCCAUGGAGGAUGGAAUCCACGCAUGGCAGACUAUAUCGGGAGGGUUGGUACAGUUCACCGUGUCACGGAUAAAGGCGAUAUUCGCGUACAGUACGAGGGAUGUGAUAAUAGGUGGACAUUUCAUCCCGGAGCUCUGACCAAAGUGACGAGUAAAGACAGUUUCUCACUUGGUGACAUAGUGAGGGUAAAAAGUGACGCAGCGAUAGUCAAGCAUUACCAGAGGAACCAUGGGGAAUGGAUAGACGUAAUGAAAACGGCUCUUGGGAAGACUGGUAAAAUAAUUAAGAUUUAUUCUGACGGUGAUUUACGGGUAGCACUGGAUGGUCACACUUGGACGUUCAAUCCAUUAUGUGUGACCCUAGUUCCUGCCGGUACCAAUGCAGGAAGCCCAGGUCCUGCAGAAGUGAAUCGAAUGAAAGAUCGACUAGUUGAUAAUAGUGGAAUGCCUGACGGUACAGCUUUAGAGGUACAAAAGUUUCUGCGUGAAGCAGCAAGAGGAGAGACUGGUAUUUCCGCGGUACGAGAGUUCCUUCGAAAGUAUCCUGGCAAGGUGGAUGUACGAGCCGGUGGACCCGGAGGAGGCAAGAAGACCUGUUUGCAGAUCGCAGCACACCAGGGUCACCGACAACUUUGUACUCUUUUACUAGACGCAGGUGCAUCCCUUCGAGCAGUCGACGAAGAUGGGGACACACCCCUACACUACGCAGCAUUUGGCAAUCAACCCGAAAUCAUGGAGUUGCUCCUAUCACGUGGAGCGGUAAUAGACGCUGUAAAUAAUGGUCGGUGCAGUGCUCUGCACGUGUCCGUGGAUAAACAGAACGCUGCUUGCGUCAUGACAUUACUGCGUCAUGGUUGCGACGUAAAUCUGCAAGAUUCUUACGGUGACACCGCGCUUCACGACGCGAUUGGUAAAGAUGCUCUGGACAUUAUCGAUGCCCUCUGUUCCUGUGAAAGACUGGAUUUUACGCUUCGCAACAAGCGGGACUUCAACGUCUUACAUCAUGCUGCACUCAAAGGAAACGCGUAUGCUACAGAGAGACUGGUUGCUCGAGCAAGUCAAUUGGUGGAUGUGAAGAAGGAGGAUGGAUUUGCCGCGCUGCAUUUAGCCGCUCUGAAUGGACAUCGAGACGUGGCUGCGACUCUUCUUUUGCAAACCGGAGGUCGAGCCAUGGUGGAUCUCAGGAACAACCGGCGUCAGACACCCUUGCAUCUAGCCACCUCCCAAGGCCAGUGGGCCCUCGUCGAGUUGCUCGUCAGCCACAAUGCCGACAUCGCGGCCACCGACGAAAAUGGCGACACGGCGUUGCAUCUUGCAAUCACAAAGAGUCGAAAUCAGCCCGUCACGGUGGCUACUGCCGAAAGUAGUAGAAAUUCUCCUCUGAUAGACGCGAUCUGGCAAAACCUGGCGAGCCAGAACGGCAGAACAGAGUUAGCUCUGGCCUGUUUCUUGGUGAGCGUCGAUACGAGUGGUCUUCUCCUGGAGCAGGCGAAAAAUGCGAAAGGGAAGACACCGCUCGACCUUUUGCAGUCGGAUCCAGAGGCCGUGCAGCUUGCCGAUUUGCUUCGGACCUACCAAUCCCAAAGACAUAGUCAUGGUAGUCAGUUAGAGAUAGAAACUAAUCCGUCCUCCGGUAGCACGGUGCCGCCGAUCUACCGGAUAGAGACGAUCGCAGAGUCUGAGGCAACAAGCGACAGCUCCAGGAAGUCGGGACGCGGUUCCGGCGACGUCGAUGAGUGUCGCGGAAACGCGGCACUCGCGAUAACCGGGAAAGAGGAGAACAGAAUUGAUCCCGGAGGCAGCGUCAAAUCGCCAAGUGCCCAUGGGGACGUAAAGCCCCAAGUCGCAGUCAAUGUGAAAGAGGAGCGGACGUCGAGCAGCGACAGGGAGGAGAGUUCAAAGAACGCCGUCGAGGAGGAGAAGAAGGAAGACAGGGACCGAGAGAAAGACAAGGACCUGGAACGUUUGCGGUAUCUCGAGACUAGGGUCGCUGACCUCGAGGAAGCGAACAUGUGCAGCAUCUGCAUGGAGCGUCGACGCAACGUCGCCUUCCUCUGCGGACAUGGGGCCUGCGAACACUGCUCGACGCCCCUGAAGACCUGCCACAUGUGUCGCAAAACAAUUACCAAAAAGAUCAACUUGUACUGAGCGUGAUCCUCGACCGGAGUCCACGGAGAGAUAGGUUGAUGUAUACAGGAUGUUCCAGAACAGUCCAAAGCGAGCCUCACAGUGGUGCAUCUAAAAAAAUUUCGUUCGUUGAGUCUGUUGAUUUCGUUCGUAUACGGAAAAGAGCUAUGAACGAGAUAUGCGUUUCACUUUGCCUUGUAUGUAGGUAUUUGUGUUCCGAUGUGCAUCCGGCGUUAGGACUGUCCGGUACACCCUGUACAACCGCCGCAAAAACCGAGUACAAGACGACAAAUGAAGUCCACUAGUCAGGACUGAUUUCCCGGGCGCCGGGAAGUUGCUUUUCCUUUUUCAGUGGUCCCGCGAUCAACCUAGCGUCUAAAAGUGGCUGCGCUCGUAACGAUAAGUCCUUGCGAUAAAUCCGUGCAAACCGAUCAGUAGAGAUUUAACUGCACAGAUCACGAGUCGCCAUGAUUUAUCGUAACGUGUACAACCACCUUUAAGGCGAUAUGAAAGUAGCACUUGAGAGGUCAAUCGUUUAUGAAACUUCUCCCAAUGAUGUGGACCGAAUCGUUUAAAAUUUGACCUUGCCAAUAUAAAGGUCCUAAGGAAGCUCCUGAAACCCAUUUUCCUGAUUCUUUUUUUACUACAAAAGUGAAGAAGUUAAUCAUUUAAAAAUCAGGACCUUUCCCUAUAUUCCAUGUAGGGCCUCCAUAUCCACGUGAUAACAUUUCAAACGAUUCUGUAUCUUGAGUUCGGAGGAAAGUUUCAUAAACGAGAUCCUUCAGUGGCCACUUUCAUGCCACCUUAACGAUCCCACCAACCCUAUCUUACCGUGCGACGGAACUGCCAAAAAGGAAGAAAAAACAAAAUAUGAAAUACGGUGUUAGAUGUGACCCCGAAGUUUUAACCCUCGCGUUGUACAGUCCCGUGCCAUAAUUGUACAUAGUCCUUGCGUCUGGCGAAAGACGCGCCUCGAUGGAAUUCCCUGUUCCUUGCGAUUCUUGCCGUGGGACUUCGAUGUUACCUUCGAGAGCCGAGUACGAAUCCGCUCGGUCCCGUCCAUUUCCUUAUCAAUAUGGCGUUGCAUCCCCUUCGACCCGACAAUUCCCACUCUCAAGCCCUCUCGUAAACUCCCCGACAAUCGAAAACGCCGUAAAUGUGCAAUCACAUCCCAGUGUGCGACUGUUAUUAAUUAAUUACCUGUAUUAACCGAUUCGUUUCCGAUAACGCAGGCUUUAUGCGUUGAACGGGACCCUAGGAUCAUGAGCGUGUUAAAUCCGCGUGCAAUAAGAGGUUCGAUCUCUACGUCUCAUUUACAGAGUCGCUUGUGCGUAUUGUAAGGGUUUAUUUGAGCGAGGGCUUAUAGCUAAAGUUUUCCCCCUAUUUGAUACGGCGAAUCAUUUGUUAACGGUGGCUCGAUUACGACGCGAUGUCCCUUUUUAUCGUUUAAUUCUCUAAGCACGGUUUAUGGCGUUAAGUUUAGGAAACAGUAUCAUGGCCGAUACUCCUCGCAGUGGCGCUUAGACUUCGGCAUCUGUUAUUGUACAAUGUCAAUGGCUGGAGAGGCCUCGACAAACGGCACGAAUCAUUGUAUUUACGGCGUUUCCGAUUUUGGCGAUUAUUCUGAGCUCAUGACACGUCGAGGAGUCGCAUGAUCGGCUCGUUUUUUAAUGAGGAUUCACUUCUAAGAGGUUAGUUUACACCGACGGUUUAAGGCGAUGUGAAAGUGACGUCAAUGAGGCCUCGUUUAUCAAACUUUUCUUCGAACUGGGAUUACCUAAUCGUUCAAUUUUGACAACGUGAAUAUGGGGGAUAUAUAAGGAAGAUCCCGACAUCCAUAAUAUUUCAAUUUUUUUAAAUUUGCUUAUAAACAUUUUUAAAAAAUGGAUUAAAAAUAAAAUUUUACCCGUUACGAAAAAUGAAAUUUAUUUUACGGUUGUCAGGACCGUUCUUGUAGACUCUGUAUUCGGGUUGUAAAGUUUGGAACGAUGUACUUUUUAGAUGUCACUUCCACAUCCCCUUAUGGAUUAGUUUUAUCAAACUCGAUGUAAACAACGGUGUACCAAUACGCCAUGGAACGCACAUCUUAAGCGUAUUGUACCAAGACGAUACACUAUCGUUUCCCCGGACAGUUUACUAAAUCCAUGCCUUUGGUACUCAUAUCAAGUGAUCGGUGUAAACUAAGGGCCGAUUGCACCAACCGCAGACAGGAUGAAAUUUCUCAACUGAUUAGUUAAUCUGAACCAAAAAAAAAAUUAAACUAAUCGAAGAUUAAGAUCCAUUGUUUGGUAACCUUAAAUCGGUUGGUUAAUUUUAAUCGCGCGUUAAGUAAUCCUCGAUUAAGGAUUUUAACUCGAAUGUUGGUGCAACCGGCCUUAAGCCUUGGUGGAUGAACAAACUCGUUAUUAAAGUACAGAUGAGACUCGUCUCACCUGUCUUUGCCAAAAUAGAUGUAGAAAAGUAAUAAUAAUAAUAACAAUAAUAAUAAAGAAAGAAAGGAAAUGGUAGAUUGAAAAAUAAAGGAUAAGAACAAUUGCACGAGCGCACGUCUCGAUAAUCGUGGUCGACCAUCGAUAACAUUUCUUAGGGAAGGGACAACGCGCGCGCGCGCGCUCGUUAGUGCGAAAGAGAAAGAAAGUAAAAGCGAAAAAAAAAAGAAGCCCAUCGAAUAGGUCGACGAACCGCAAGAGAGAUACGUAAAAAAAGGGGGGGAGGGGGGCGCGAUCGAUGUAAGUUUUUACGUUCGUACAUCAAGAGCUAGAGUGUAAGAGGUAAUUUAAAGAAAAUAAACGAUUUGGAGCUAAACGCC